UGGGCAGAGUAAGUAAGAGCAGAGUGUGAUGGUUCAAUUAGCAGGGCAAGAGCACAGUUUUGCUCAAAAUAUUGCAAUGCACACAACAUUAUGGGUGACAUACCAUAUCACCGACAAAUGGUUGGUGCACGUCUUGCUGGUGCAUCUGUGACCAAGACAGCAAGUCUUUAUGAUGUAUUAAGAGACAAGGUAUCCAGGGUAAUGUCAGCAUACCACCAAGAAGAACCAACCACAUCCAACAGGAUUAACUGUGGACGCUGUAAGAGGAAGCUGUCUGAAAGGGAUGUUCGGGUGCUAACCCGGAUUGUAUCCAAAAAACAUAAAACAAAUCACGGCAGAAUUCAAUGUGCACCUCAUCUCUCCUGUUUCCACCAGAACUGUCCGUCGGGACAAUACAUUACUGUGGUCUAAAACCAGGUGUUUCAGGUUAAUUGACCCACUAAAGAAAAAGACUGACUAAAAUGUAUUCAUCAUUGUUUAUUUAUCAUCAAUUUAACGUAUUUAUGUCAAAUGAAUUAAGCAUGUGGACAUGUGGUGGGACAGAAUUAUGACUCAGUAUCAGGCACUUUAACACCUGAUUGACAUCUGUUCAGAAUUCUUGAUUUCUUUAUUUUGUUAUUUAUUCCUCUGGUUAGUAGUAGCAUUACCAUUAGCUUACCCCACUGCUUCUUCCAGAGGUGGCCGCUCGAUUGCUUCUGUCUGGUCGGCGCGAGUUCGACUGCGCCGGAUCGAUGUAGGAGGGCUGCUGCACACUGAAACUAAACAAAAGCACACUCCCACUGUCCAGGGAAAAUAAAGCACUGUAGAAAUGGAGAGAGUUCCAGAAACUGCCCGAAAGAGCACUUCCAGCAUCCCUGUCAGCAUGUUCCAGCCGGGGGCAGAAGACACUGAGAUUGGGGUCCAUUUGUGUGAAGUGUGCGGUGGGGUUUUUGAGACAAAACGUGGACUCUCCAGUCACUGUCGUUCCCACCUGAGGCAGCUAGGUGUGGCUGUGUCUGACAGUAGUGGUGCUCCAAUUGACCUGCUUUACCAGCUUAUCCGUGAGAAAGAUGGAAAACUACCAUUUUCCUCUGGCCAGGACAGUGUGGAUAAAACCCCCACUCACAAAAAAAUCAAAACCACUAAAACCCCCAAGACCUCUACAUCUAAAACACUCCAGACCCCCACCUCUAAAACGCUCAGCACCUCCCAGACCCCAACCCCUAAAACUGUAAGCAUACCCCCGACCCCCACUUCUAAAACCCCCAAAUCCCUAAAAAUCACAAAAACCCUCAGCACCAAAAAGGACUCAGCUACCAAACUCAAGAUCAAAAUUUCCACGCUGGUGAAGAAGAAGUACAGUAAGUCUUCAGCUGCAGCAUUAACAUCGCUAAGCCCUGGCUCCUCACCCUCUGUCCUGAGCCCUCUCAGACUCGCUAAGCCCCGUAAGGUCCCCGCAGAGCCAAAGAAAGUUCUAGCUUCUGUAUCUCCUGCUCCGUCUUCAUCUCUCUCUCUGGCCUCCUCCAAACCCUUGUGGGCUCCUCAGGAAACUGACGCUCCUCUAGACCUCAUGGCAAUGUCAGAGCCCUCACUAAGAAGUGAUGUCCAUGUGUGUGAGCUGUGUGGAGCCUGGUAUGAGACUCGCAAAGGACUGUCCAGCCAUGCGAGGGCCCACCUGCGGCAGUUUGGGGUGGACAUGGACACUAAAGGUUCCCCCAUCGACAUCCUGCAUGAGCUGCUGCAGAAGGAGGAGCAGCAGCAGGCAGGCAGCAUUAGUCCGCUGCACCUUGAUGACCUUGAGAUGUAUUCUCCCUCAUCCUCGCCCACAGGACCUGCCCCCAAACGCCCUCCACCAUCCUCCCCACCGCCCAAGGGGCUACACAGUCCCCCCAUCGGCCCCCCACCCUCAAAAAAACUCAAGACCUCUAAGACAGGGGCACAGGUGCGGACAGGUGUGUUACAGAUAAAAGCACGACGGAAAGGUGAUGCUGUGAAUUGCGUGAGCUGUGAGUUCUGUCAUGAGAAGUUCAAAAAGAGUCAAAGUUUGGCAAGCCACGCCCGCUCUCACCUGCGCCAACUCGGCAUCACUAAUUGGACAGUGCAUGGAUCGCCCAUAGCAGCGCUUAAAGAGCUGAUGGCCAGCCGUGGAGUGACCAGUCUACCUAAACCUCAGGACCAGGACCAGCUUGGUGCCACAACCACUAAAUUGCCUGAAAAGCCCCUUACAUCACCACCCAUGACUCCUCUUACCUCAUCCACAAAAUCACAUGCUUCGCCCACAAAGCCAAGUGUCCCACUCACACUGCCCCGUGCCCUUCCUUUAAAGCCCGUUUCCCCUCCUACAACCCCCCUUGUGUCCACAAAGCCGCAUGCUUCUCCCGCAAAACCCCUGAUGUCAGCAGCCCUGACCUCAAAGCUCACUCCUACUGCAACCACACCCCAUCUGUCCCCAAGUUCCACCCCUGCGUCUAAGUCUCCAGGCUCUGCCUCUCCACGAGUGCCCAAAGCCAGGAAAGGUACGAGGAUGGUGGUUCCCAAACCAAAAGAUGAGCCAGUAGAAAUUGACGUCACCACGAUAGAACCCCCCAAACCUAAAACCACCUCUGUUCCUGUACUAACCACUCAAGGACACAGCAAGGGCCAGGCAAACACAGUGCUGAAGCCAGAUGCGCAGGUGGUACCAGUGCACUGUGAGUACUGCAAUGACACAUUCGACACCCGUAAAGCUCUGUCCUGUCAUGCCCGUGCCCACCUGCGUCAGCUGGGUGUGAAGUGGUGCACUAAUGCUUCACCUAUUGACACCCUGCGUCAGCUCGUGGUCAGGGAGGGGAAGCUCCGGGGGUCUCAGGUGAAAUCUGAGCCCCCUGGGAGGAUUGUAAGCCUCUGGAAGAAACCCACCUCUUCUCCCCAAAUGUUCACAUCCUCACCAGUGGAUGGCUUCAAAGAGAAGAGUGACUCAGUGGAUGGAACGGCCUCGGGGUAUGAGGCCACCUGUGCGCUUUGUGGGUUUGAUUUUGAGAACAGAAAGGCUCUGGCAAGCCAUGCCCGUGCUCACCUCCGUCAGCUGGGGGUGGACUGGCACAGUAAUGGCUCACCCAUUGACACGCUAGCGGAAUGGAUGCGGAGGCAGCCGGGGAAGGUGGCAGAGCUGCACAGACGCUACAUGCGGGGUGAACUGCCGCUGGUGGUCAAGAGGAGGAGAUCCUCAUCUUCCCGCUCCUCCCUGUCUGUUCUGGACCCUACUUGCUCUGCAUCAGGCCGGGAGUUCAAAGUUCACACCUCCAGUUCCUCUGCCCACAGGAAACCUUACACCCUACAACACACACCAGCACACACCGCUUCCCGAGGUUGUGAGCGGCGUCCUCCGAAGCACCUCCCCCAUAGUGAUGGCAGGUUGGGGGCGGGACCCCUGAAGCCACGUGUAGGAAACGCACCCUCUCUGAUACCCCGCCCCCCUGAGAGCAGCCUUGUCAAACUGGUGGGAAAAAUUUACUCACUGAAGUGCAGGUUUUGUGAGGAAGUGUUUAAGGGUCCUCUCUCGGUGCAAGAGGAUUGGCUGAUUCACCUGCGGCAGCACAUACUUAACCUCAAAAAGGAAUCUGCCACUGAAUCUGCUACUGAAUCUGCCCCUGACUCUGCUCCCGUUCCUGCCUCUGACUCUGCUCCCGUUCCUGCCUCUGACUCUGCUCCCGUUCCUGCCUCUGCCUCUGCUCCCGUUCCUGCCUCUGACUCUGCUCCCGUUCCUGCCUCUGACUCUGCUCCCGUUCCUGCCUCUGACUCUGCUCCCAUCCUUGCCCCUGACUCUGCCCCCAUCCCUGCCUCUGAAUCUGCCCCUGGCUGUGCCCCCAAUCCUGCACCCACAGCACAGAGUCCCACCCCAACACCCACUCUCACAGACACUGUGCAGCUGAUUGGACCUCAGGCUGUUUAGCGGUGGGAACACCCUUCUUAUUAAGAGCAGCAAAGCUUGAUACAACAGUGAUGUCUUAAGUGCUGCUCAGCAGUGCCCCCCUCAGGAAACUCUAUUAUUAAGGCUCACAAUGAUGAGCUGGACCAACAUUUUACACAUUGUAAAGCCUUUUAACCAAUUUUUAAAGAUUUAUAUUUGAGUUGCUAAUGAAGAUCAUACUACUGAAGAAGAGGAGGAAACGUAUCUGAAUGUAUUUUACUGUCUGAGCUCUUUGAAUUCAUCCACACUUAUGAUCUGUGAUUUAUCCUUUUUUUAUUUUUUGGUUCUUUUAGAUCAACCCCCAAUUGUUUACAGGUGUAGGGGGGUGCGUGAGAGAGUGCGCGUGAGAGAGUGCGCGUGAGAGAGUGCGCGUGAGAGAGUGCGCGUGAGAGAGUGCGCGUGAGAGAGUGCGCGUGAGAGAGUGCGCGUGAGAGAGUGCGCGUGAGAGAGUGCGCGUGAGAGAGUGCGUAAAUGUUUCCCCACAAGUCUGUUGGAUCAUUUGUGACCAAAAAUCUGAAUAAAAUGAAUCAGUUUU